AUGUACACAUGCGUAACUUGCGGCCUACAGUUUGAUGGUCUGGAAUCCCAGAAGAGCCAUAUGAAAUCAGACUGGCACAGAUACAAUUUGAAGCGUAGAGUGGCCCAGUUGCCUGCCAUCGAUGAGGAGACAUUCGUCAGCAAAAUCGCAGCCUUGACCGCCAAUAAUACAGACACCGCCAGCAAGGCUUCAGACUCAUCCCAAACAAACAAAAGAGAAUUAAGACGUCAAAAAAAAGACGCUUUGGAAGCUCGCAAGAGAGAGCUUCUUGCAGCCAGAGAUGCGCUCCAAGCAAAAGCAGCCUCAUCUCAAGCUGUCUCUGAAGCAGCAUCUGAACAAAGCACAGAUGCCGAAUCGCAGAAACCAUCCGAAGAAUCCCAAGUGGAGGAGGAGGAGCUGGAGGAAGCUUUGAUUGCCAAGAGAAUCGCCAAUAAGACAGAAAUUCCAUCAACAACAUGCUUGUUCUGCCCAAUGAAAGCCAACAAGAGCUUUGAAACAGUAGAAGAAAAUGUUGAGCAUAUGUUUAAACUGCACGGCCUCUACAUACCUGAGAGAAAGUACCUCACAAGUUUAGACGGCCUUAUAGGCUAUCUCGGUGAGAAGAUAGGACUCGGAAAUUGCUGUCUUGUGUGCUCUUACCAAGGAAGAAAUGUGGAAGCUGUCAGAGAGCAUAUGCUUCGUAAAAGACAUAUGAGAAUUCCAUAUGAGCUUGAGGCUGAAAAGCUCGAAAUCUCAGACUUUUAUGACUUCACCACUACCUAUGAUAAUGUCAAUUCAAAUGCUGAGGUUGAUGGUGAUGAAUGGGAAGACGUUAGUGGAGAGGAUGACGACGGAAAUGACGAAGAGGAAGAUUUCGAAGAAGAUAAUGGACAUUACAUGGAAUCGGAGACUUCUUUGCAUCUAGCCUCCGGCGCCGUUAUCGGUCACAGACUGUUAGCAAAGUACUACCGUCAAAAUAUGAAACCCGAGAGAGUCUUGACCGAGGGCCAGGGUACUGUGACCGCAGCAGAGACAAGACACUUCAUUUCAGCUACAAACAAGUUGUCUUUGGCAGAAUCGAAGAGAGUAUGGCUGCAAGAGAAGAAACAUGAGGACAGAGAUGAUCGUCGUGCCGCUAAGUUCAUCAACAACCAGCCACAUUUCAGAGACCCACUUUUGCAAUAG